UGCUAUCCUUCUGAGGUUCAAAAGUGGUAAUAAUACUCGACGCCAGUCACUCAGCUUGUGACACCAACGAUUUCUGCCCAGGUUGAACUUUCGCACGGAUUUUACCCCUUGAGCUCAUCGUUCCGCGCAACGAGCGCAUCCCAAACAUGCUGCCUCUUCGCCACUCGCUGCGGCGCCUUCCAGGCAGCCGCGCAGCUGCUAAGAGGCUCCCCUCACUGCUGCCUGCGACCCGCGCACACCGAUACCUUUCCUCAUCAACCAACCGCGGCGCGGAGGCGACCGAGUUGACGAAGAACGUCGACGAGCCUGCUCAGGACUUCGCGGGGCUGUUGCACAAGGCGCUGCACAAUGAGUCCUUGUCGGCACCACUUGCUGCCCGCUUGCGCACCAAUGCUCUCUACCAGGUUCGCAAUCGGCUGGACAACGCGCACGGGGCGACGGACAACUUUGCGAAGGCCAACCAUGUCCCACCCGAGCUGCUGGAGAGCCUGCGCGCUGGCGAGGACGUGAGCCGGCACCUAUCACUGUUCCCGGAGGACGUCAGCGGCCCGCUCACUGCGCUCGUCCGGAUGGAGGGCGAGUUCCAGAGGGAGAUUACGCAGCUCGAGUCGCAGAUCCUCGCCGACGAGAAGGACGAGGGUCACCUCGAGACCGCACACGCCGCACGUAUGCGCGAGCUGCGGGACGCCAUCCGCAAGGGCCGCGAGGGAGGCGUCAAGCCCACCUACCCCGCUCUGCUCUCCGAGUCCGAUGUCGAGACCUCCCCCACCGACAAGACCUCCGACUUCCACGCCGUCGAGGACCUCCACCACCUGUCGAUCGAGGAGACGCUCGCCAAGGGCGAGGGCGGGCGCGGCAAGAUGCGGCACUUCACCGUCAACUUCGGCCCUCAGCAUCCCGCUGCUCACGGUGUGCUCCGUAUGAUCCUGGAGCUGAACGGCGAGGAAGUGUUGCGCGCGGAUCCGCAUAUCGGGUUGCUGCACCGCGGGACGGAGAAGCUUAUCGAGUUCAAGACGUACACGCAGGCGCUGCCAUACUUUGACCGGUUGGACUACGUUAGCAUGAUGACGAACGAGCUCUGCUAUUCCAUGGCCGUCGAGAAGCUCCUCAACAUUGAGGUGCCCGCUCGCGCCAAGUGGAUCCGUACCCUCUUCGGCGAGAUCACUCGCAUUCUCAACCAUCUCAUGGCCGUCUUAACCCACGCCAUGGACGUCGGUGCCCUCACACCCUUCCUGUGGGGCUUCGAGGAGCGCGAGAAGCUUAUGGAGUUCUACGAGCGCGUCUCCGGCGCCCGCCUGCACGCCGCCUACGUGCGCCCCGGCGGUGUCGCUUUCGACCUCCCGCACGGCCUUCUCGACGACAUCUUCAAAUGGGCGACGCAGUUCAGCUCGCGCGUCGACGAGGUCGAGGAAGUCGUGACGGGCAACCGCAUCUGGAAGCAGCGGACGAUCAACGUCGGGCGCGUGACGGCGGAGGACGCGCAGCGCUUCUCGUUCUCGGGAGUCAUGCUGCGCGGCAGCGGUGUGCCGUGGGACCUGCGCAAGGUGUCGCCGUACGAUGCGUAUGACCAGGUCGAGUUCGACAUCCCGGUGGGCAAGAACGGGGAUUGCUACGACCGCUACUUGUGCCGUGUCCAGGAGAUGCGCGAGAGUUUGAGGAUCAUCUCGCAGUGCCUGAACAAGAUGCCCACCGGCGCGUACAAGGUCGACGACCACAAGCUCGUCCCGCCGCCGCGCGCGAGCAUGAAGGAGAGCAUGGAGAGCCUGAUCCACCACUUCAAGCUCUUCUCGGAGGGCUACUCCGUCCCGCCGGGCGAGACGUACAGCGCGAUCGAGGCGCCGAAGGGCGAGAUGGGCGUGUACCUCGUCAGCGACGGCUCGAACCGGCCAUACCGCUGCUCGAUCCGCGCGCCGGGCUUUGCGCACCUCGCGGGGUCGGACUUUAUUUUGAGGAACCAUAUGUUGGCGGACGCUGUUGCGGUUAUCGGUACGAUGGACCUGGUGUUCGGCGAGGUCGACCGCUAGACCUGGACCCUUCGGAGUGGAUGGGGCGUACAGUACGCGCGGUGGCCAUUGGUGCUGUAGACUCGAGUCCGAGAAAAUGCAACUAUGUUUAUUCGCUCAAGGGUGAGGGUGAGGAUGAGGGUUAUAUCGAAGGCGUUGUGCGAUCUCUGUGUAGGUGCAGGCGUCGAGAGUGACAUUGCAGGCGUCGAGAGUGACAUUGCAG